AUGAGAGAGGAGGCAGCGCCUCCUGUUGUUACAGGCAUUACGGAAGGAGAAGAGGUUAUUUCAGGCACAGAGCGGUUUGCUUUGUUCAAUCCCAGGGCUGGGCUGGUGCUGGAAGUCUGCUUGGCAGGCAGUUCCGCAGGUGUUGCACCACCCGAAGAAUGGUUUGCCCUGGGUAUCUUGGAGGCUGUUGGAAGCCCAUCAGCCGGUUGGAGGAUUGUCGGAAACUAUCUGGGGUGCGAGAACGGAGACCUUACCGAAGAAGUCAUGGGCACUUUGCAAGAGGGGUUCAUCCACGUUUGCGGAGAGGACCCUUGUUCCGCUGCUGUCGACCCCCCGUGCAUUCAUGCCACCAGAGUAAGGCUAUGGAGAGCCACGAAAUUCAAGUGUGGCUACCUUAUGCGUGGGGCUGCGUCUGCCUUGAAAGCCAUGGCGCUGGAAGAGCGCGCUGCCGUGGCUCGGGUAUCCCAGAAGUCUCAACCCCCAGGGCAGAAACGGCCUGGUACGGGUCGGACAAAACCAGCGGGAAAAGGGCGCGGAACCACAGCGCGCGCCCCUCGCAAGAGACCAGCCGCAGCUGCCGACGCAGCAGAGGGAGAUGCUGGCCUGGACGCAACUCAGGGUGCUGGCGUGCGCCGAGCAGCCCUUCGAGAGCGACUGCAAUUGACGAAGGAAAGAAUACUUGGGGGGGCCACACCUCGGAGAGCUUCAAGACGAGACGUGGAUUUGACUGGUGGUCCAACACCCGCUCUUACAGGACGUGCAGCGGAGUCGUCAGCAUUGGUAGCCGGCACAUCCUUGAGGCCGGGGAGGCAGACCCCCUUGAUGCUCGAGCAGUCGGCGGAUUUAAGCGGCGGUGGAGCGAAUCCCUUGAAGAAGAGACUUGCUGGCGAGAGGGGUGCUUCAGGCGCUUUGCUGGCGAAAGCCGUGCAACAAUCAGCGCUGGAUGCAAAAGAUCGCAAGAGGAAGAAGCGCAAGAAGGAUCGGAAGGAUGGCGUGAAGCAGUUGCUCAGGCUGCUGCAGGGAAAAGACAAACGCCGAGGCAAGGGAGUGAAUGCGAGGAACAAGAGAAGGGGACGAAAGGACCCUAUGGUGAAACUCCCAGAGACCGCGGAUGCAUUGGCAUCGCGGUUCAUCGCUGUCCACACGGCGAUGACCGAGGGAAACUGGCAGGCAGCGAGCCAGUUGGAGAUCUUCCCAUUGGAGCCUGUACAAUCAGCGACGACAGCAACUAUGCUGGAGGCGCACAAACACAGGCGGCUGAUCCUCAAGAGCCAGGGCUUCUCAAGCGGCAAUCGGUGGUGGUCGAACGCAGGCCGGGGCAAGGGCAGCCCAGGUCAGGAGAAAGGAAAGAAGGGAGACGGCCGAGGCAAAGGAAAAGGAAAGGGCAAACCGCAGAACAAGGACUGGGGAGCAAAAGGAGACGGCAAUGCCUGGAAGGACAACAAGGAGGACGCGGGGAAGAAGACUUCGGGGAUGGAGUUUCAAUGUUUAGGCAUUUGGCUGGACUGUGCUCUAACUUUGAUAGCACAGGCAGAAGAGGUGUGGUCUGCACUUGCAGUGCUGGGCCUAAACGGCGCUGCUGGCUAUGGCCGUGCAGACCUCUGUAGGAUGAUGGCUUUUAAUAUCUCCUUCAAAGGGGAGGAACUGGGUCUUCAGAAGGGGUUGGUUUAUCGGCCGGGUUGUGCCGUCAUCCCCAUGGGAUGGGGCUCCGCAGUUUCAGUAAUGCAGGAGCUGGCUGACCGCUUGACUGUGUUGGCACGUCUUCCGGCUCAACAUCAGGUUAGAAGACAGGCCCCUUUGCCACCAUGGAUGACGGAGGUCUUCGAUGCCUCGAGCGCUGAGGGGCGCCCGUGGUACCAUGUCUAUCUUGACAAUUUUUGCGCCAUGGAGAAAGGGCCUCAGGGAUUUAACGCUGGUGCUGGUGAAGCCAUGCAUCAGGCCCUUGAAGACUCUUGGCAGCGUACAGGCGUGCUUUCGUCCGCCAAGAAGAAAGUGGUGGCGGCCCCGACGGUGCAGGAGCUUGGCGCCGAGCUACAAGGAGACGAAGGAACUAUGGGGCCCAGUGGACUACGGGUGCUGAAGUUAAUUCAGAGCACUCUGGUGGCACUGUCUACGAAACGCUUGAAGCGCAAAUGGAUCCAGGUCAUUGCUGGACGAUGGGUUCAUUGCAUGUCGUUUCGUCGGCCUACUAUGGUCUGUCUGGAUGCGACUUGGCAGUUCAUUGGGGGAAAACGAUGUGGAACUCAGCAAGAAGCAAAAGUCCGAGGAGAACUGUUUGGGUGCUGCUGUAUUGCGCUGCUCAUCCACAGCAACUUGAAGGCGAACGUGAGCUCAGUGACGACUGCAAGCGAUGCCUCCACCACAGGAGGUGCAGUUGGAAGAAGUCAGGAACUCACCUUGGCUGGGUCUCAGUUUGCUGGUGCAGACCGUGCAAACCUGGUAGGAGGAAAGGUAGUUCCGAUCAUGGUGCUGUCCCUUUUCAACGGGAUUGGCUGCUGCUUUCGUUGUUAUGACUUGAUUGGCAUCAUGCCGCUAGUGGCCAUCUCGUAUGAGCUGAAUCAGGCGGCAAAUCGAGUCACCAGUCGCCGGUGGCCCAAUGUUCGACUGGAAAAAGAUGUCAGAGACUUGACCAUUGAAGUCAUCCGAGAGUGGAGGUAUCUGUACCCAACACUUGAAGAAAUCCAUGUCUGGGGUGGCUUCCCAUGUGUCGGGCUGUCAUCUGUACGUGCCGGACGCCUAAACUUGGACGAUCCUCAGAGCGGACUUUUCUGGGAGUUUGUGAGGAUUAUCAAGGAGAUCAAGCAGGUCUUCGGCCUGCGUUUCAGGGUCCUCUUUGCAGCAGAGAAUGUGGCCAGUAUGGACAUUAGCGCUGAGGCUGAGAUCACUCGGGCCUUGGGUGUGAAACCAUACCGGCUGGACCCAGCCGGAGCUGUCCCAAUUCACCGGCCCCGCUUCUGCUGGUCCAACAUGGAUCUUGCACCUAUGGAGGGAGUCGAUGUGGUUGAAAAAGAGCGGUGGUAUCAAGUGGACAUCGAAUACCCCUACCCUGAACUUGGACAAUGGUUAGAAGAGGGUGCCUCAUGGCCAGGUUUUGAACAGGGGACAAUUUUACCCACUUGCAUGAAAUGUAUCAAGCGGACACGUCCGCCCUUAGCUCCCGCGGGCAUUGACAGAGUUAGCCAAGAUGGUAAGUUGCGUUGGGCUGCGGACGACUUCAAAUUCCCACCAUAUCAAUAUGAUGAUCGGUUUGUCAUUUGGGUCAAUCAAAAAUGGAGGCUGAUUAACGCCACUGAACGGGAAUUGUUGCAUGGGUUGGGGUUCGAACACACCAUCCUUUGUUGGAAUGCCGGCGACAUCAAAAGGGAUCCCCAGGGCUUUGAAGAUCAACGAAAGACUUUGGUUGGCCCGGCGGAACAUUGUGCUGGAAGACGUGGGGAUCACUGCGGCGACUUUGGACCGCUACUAUACCUGGCCGUCGAAAGGUUGGUGCCCGCUUUGGAUGACGUCGCCACAGAGCACGAGCUUGACGAUGUCAUCGCAAACUGGGUGCAGACGGAGUUCGAGGAUGGAACUCCUCUGCAUCUGGUAGGGGACGCUUUAAGUGGUAUCCACCACUUUGAACCCUUCACUCGCAAGCGUCUACCAAAGAGCUGGCGACUCUAUGGUAUCUGGAGAAAAUACGAGAUACCAUGCCGCGCUCCACCCAUCACACAGGACCUAUGUCUGGCUAUGGCUGGUUGGUGUAUCCAGCACAAUGAGUUGGUGAUGGCAGGUUUAUUGCUACUGGGCUUUCACUGUCUUCUCCGGACAGGUGAAAUACUCCAACUGAGGCCAUGUGAUUUUGUCCUGGACGCUAUCAGUGGAGUGGUCUCCAUUCCCAGCAGUAAAAGUGGGGUCCGCAACAAUUCACGCGAAAAUGUGAUUAUCAAGGAUCCUUGCACUCUGGAGGUGGUUCAAGCCAUGCUGGAUUUGCGUUCCGCGCAAGGCUUCCCUAGAACCCCCUGCUGGGACAAAAGUGGCUCUGCCUUCCGAUCCCUGUUCCGGAAGAUUACGGAGGAGCUGGAUGUCCUUGCACUCAACCUCCGACCGUACAGCUUACGGCGGGGGGGGGCAACUUAUGAGAUGCAAUCUCAUGGUUUGAUGGAACGGACAUUGAUACGUGGCCGUUGGAAAAAUUCCAAUGUGGCCAGACUUUACAUCUGUGAAGGGCUGGCUAUGCUGCCGCGCCUCACCAUGUCUAUGAGGGCCAAGUUCCUGGUGGCCCGCUAUUCGUCGAUUUUCAUCAACGAGCAUCAAAGUUUUGUUGAUGGGGGGAAAGGUGCGGUAGUGAUCCCAUUCACUGAGGAUAAGGCGAUCUUCUUGGAAUGUAACAUUGUUGAUGAAAAGAGUGUGGUCGACUGCAUGGCGGCCAUCAAGGAGAAGUUUGGCAAGCUGAGUGCUGUGGUGAGCUGCGCAGGCGGCCAGAUGAUGGGAUGCGGCCUCACAGUGGACAAGAAGGGCCAGCCGCAUCCCCUGAAGCCCUUCGUGAAGACUAUGGAGCUGAACAUCGUGGGAACGUUUCUCAUCGCCAGCAAGGCGGCCGCCCUCAUGGCGGAGAACAGCGUCGAUGACGCCGAGGGCGAACGCGGCUGCAUCAUCAACGUAGCCAGUGUGGCAGCGCAAGAUGGACAGAAUGGGCAGAUCGCGUAUUCCGCAGGCAAGGGCGGCAUCAUGGCCAUGACGUUGCCGAUGGCACGGGAUUUGGGGAAGCAAGGCAUUCGCGUGAACUGCAUCCUGCCGGGUGUCUUCGAAACUCCCAUGACUGAACCGUUGAAGCAGUUCAGACCGGCGGUGUAUAAGAACUUGACGCAAUCCAACAUUUUCCCCAACAACCGACUGGGCUUGCCCGAGGAGUUCGCCCAGAUGGCAGUGGCCAUUCUCGAGAACAAGUAUAUGAAUGGUGAGAGCAUCCGCAUCGAUGCCGGCAUCCGCAUGGGCAAGCUGUGAUGGGCCGGCGUUUGGCCGCCCGUCCACAAUCGCGAGACGCAGCGACGUCGCGGCCGGCGCGCGCUUGUUACGUGAAUCAACGUGGCGCGCCGGCGGUCGGAGGAUUUCAAAGCCCCGGCGCUGGAAAAAGAAA